GCGGUCAGCGGCGGCGCUGAGAAGAGCGGUUGCCGCCAUGAUAGAACAGCAGAAGCGCAAGGGCCCAGAGUUGCCGCUGGUACCAGUCAAACGGCAGCGGCAUGAGUUGCUGUUGGGAGCGGCGGGGUCGGGCCCCGGAGCCGGGCAGCAGCAGACGGCGCCGGGAGCUUUGCUGCAAGCGGGACCUCCCAGGUGUUCCUCCCUUCAAGCUCCAAUCAUGCUUCUCUCAGGACAUGAAGGGGAAGUGUACUGCUGCAAGUUUCAUCCCAACGGAUCCACCUUAGCAUCUGCAGGAUUCGAUCGACUGAUAUUGCUGUGGAAUGUCUAUGGUGACUGUGAUAACUAUGCCACAUUGAAGGGACACAGUGGGGCGGUGAUGGAGCUGCAUUAUAAUACCGAUGGCAGUAUGCUCUUCUCCGCAUCCACAGAUAAAACUGUGGCAGUAUGGGACAGUGAGACAGGCGAGAGGGUUAAAAGGCUGAAAGGACAUACUUCCUUUGUGAAUUCCUGUUACCCAGCCAGGAGGGGCCCCCAGCUUGUCUGCACUGGCAGUGAUGAUGGUACAGUUAAGCUUUGGGACAUCCGGAAGAAAGCAGCCAUCCAGACAUUUCAGAACACCUACCAGGUGUUAGCUGUGACCUUCAAUGACACAAGUGAUCAGAUUAUUUCUGGGGGAAUAGACAAUGAUAUCAAGGUCUGGGACUUGCGCCAAAACAAGCUCACCUACACCAUGAGAGGCCAUGCAGAUUCAGUGACGGGCCUGAGUUUAAGUUCUGAAGGCUCUUAUCUCUUGUCCAAUGCAAUGGACAAUACAGUGCGGGUCUGGGAUGUCCGGCCAUUUGCUCCCAAAGAGAGGUGUGUGAAGAUAUUUCAAGGAAAUGUGCACAACUUUGAAAAGAAUCUCCUGAGAUGUUCUUGGUCACCUGAUGGAAGCAAGAUAGCAGCUGGUUCAGCUGACAGGUUUGUGUAUGUGUGGGAUACCACAAGCAGGAGGAUUUUGUAUAAGCUGCCUGGACACGCUGGCUCCAUCAAUGAAGUGGCUUUCCACCCCGAUGAACCCAUCAUUCUGUCAGCGUCCAGUGACAAGAGACUGUAUAUGGGGGAGAUUCAGUGAGACACAGAAUGGAAGACUCCACCGCUGCUUGGCCUUGAGACCUCAGACUACAGAAGCGGCAUCGAAUAGUGCCCAGGCCAGCAUCCUACCUGCAGACGAAGAUCAUUCAUAGCAAAAGGCAAGGAGGAUGUGGCCAUAUCCCAACCACCACUGGUAUCCCAUUUUACCAGGAUGAUUAAGGCAAGCUUACAGUGGCCUCUAAAAACCACCUGCCAGAUUUCAGGGACUGUUUGGUUUUUGCCUCCUUUUUUUUUUUUUUUUUUUUUUAAAUAAGAUUUCUUCAAAGAGACAGACAUUGGUUGGUUUGCAGUUUCCUGUCUUCUAAUCCAGGCUGAAAACAGGAAAUGUGACUGAAAUUUGUUUGUUGGGUUGUUUUUUUUUUUAAUUCAAUAACUGGCUUGUAUGAUAUUUUCUUUCUGUGUUUCUCUGAGUCGUUUUGUAUUAAAAACCAAAUAGAUGCCUUUUUACAAGAGC